AUGAAAGCGAAGCAAAAACAUUUCAUUAUAUCAAAUCCUUGCUUUAUUGUUUUAUAUUUUAAUCUGUUACCUCGAAUUUUAUCUACAAGAAUUAUAUGGACUUCUUCCAACGAAGAUAAACUAUGGUUGAAGACAAUAUAUCGACCUACUCGCCGCGUACAGGACGAGGRUCUCAGCCACCUUAAAAAAGCUCGCUUUUUGACAGUAUUGAGAUCCGUCGAUGAAGAACAAGAAGUAACUGACAGAAUCGAAAAAGUUUUGAGGUCAAUUGACGAAGAAAAUAGUGUUCAUGAAACGAAAAAACGGAAGAAGAUAGCAAAAGUAUUAGAAACCAUCGACCACCACACAAAGAACGCUCUGUCAACUAAAAAAUCCUCAGUCCACCUCCACCAAGUACGACCAGCAAACAUGCCCAAGUCUAAAGACGGAAGAACAAUUACUAUCAAUACCGCACAAGGAAAGAAAAAGGUCUUUAUACCUAAAGGUUGGACGUUCUGUACAGUGUCCCCAAUACAUUGCUACUCAUCUAAGAAAACCAAGAAAAGGUCGUCAGCAACGAAGAAAAGCAAGAAAAAGAAAAGAGACCAAACCUAAUUUUAAGUCUUGAGGAGCAACGAAGUAGUCCAAACACAGGAUAAUUGCACUAUUAUUAAUGUAAAGAUAAUGUAUAUAAAAGAAAAAGGAAAAGUGAUUCAGAAAAUAACAAACACUCCAUUUUACAAUCCAAGCCGCCAUCUUGAAA